AUGAAUGGAAUCUGGUAUAACGAUUCUAACACAAAUCCUGAAAGACCCGUAACAACUAGUCUUUUUGGUUAUGUUAGCAACCUAUAUCAAAUCGCAUUAUUUGAUAAACAUGAUAAACUGACAAAUUAUUAUAUUACCGUUGAUGAAGAUGAUCGAAAUUUGAUCAAGAAACAUAAGUGGUAUCUCACGAAUGAGAUUGUAGUAAAUGAGAAUGGUGUUGCCUUAACAGAAUUUCUUAUCGGUGCCAGCAAUGUUAAACUGAAGGAAGGAAAAAGAUGUUUUUCACGAAAGAAUCUCGUGAUUUGUGAUGAUUCAACAAAUGAUGAUGGUAUUUGCAUAUUUACAAAAAUUCGAAAAAAAGACGAGAUAUUUGGAAUUGGAAUUUAUUGUCCUUCAUAUCCAGAUAAAAGUAUUUUCAAAAUUGUGAAUGAAAAUUGUUCUAUUCAAGAAUCACAAAUUUAUGCUUUAAUCAUGGCAAUUGAAAAUUUUAGUAUUUUUGAUAAACCAUUAAAUAUUUUUACUA